UAGAAAAAGAAAGUAGUACUUAUUGUUAGUGUUGUGCCGUAUAAUGGUAAUGCUUGUCUACUUUCUCGUCUAGAAAAGAAUUGCCAGUCUAUCGUCAGUGCAUCUAAUGUGCAUCCGUGAUAUAAUAUCACAAGUAUUUUAGACCUACCUUUGAAUUCAUACAAGAAUACAGAUAAAAAUGCGACUGCUGUCAGUGGUUUUUCCUUGGUUAUUCUGUCUGUCAGUUUGCGACGGAUAUCGUUUGCUCGGAAUAUUUCCGUUUCAAGCCAAGAGUCAUUUUGUAAUGUUUGAACAAUUGAUGAAGGGUUUGAUCAAAAAGGGUCAUCAGAUUGACGUUAUUAGUCAGUUUCCGUUAAAGAAGCCCUAUCCGAAUUAUACCGAUCUCACAAUUCUACCAACAUCUUUGUAUUUGGUGAAUAACAUGACAUAUGAAUUAAUGCUGGAAUUGACCAGUGUGAGUCCAACGUACAUUAUUGGGACAUUGGGAGGAAACGAACUUUGCAAACAAUUAGGAAAUCCAGCAAUAAAAGAGUUAAUACGACCAAACAAGCCAUCUUAUGAUGCGGUGCUGAUGGAGGUUUUUGGUGCGCAUUGUUUCGGUAUCGUCGCCCACUUAUUGAAAGUUCCCUUGAUCGGGGUCAGCUCUACGUCGUUGUAUCCAUGGUUACCUCCGGCGAUCGCUCAACCCGAGAGCACGGCUUUCGUACCGAACACCCUUACAAGUUUAACCGGCUCUAUGAAUUUUUGGCAACGUUUAUACAACACCGUGCGCACGUACUUUGACAAAUGGUAUUUCGAUUAUCUCACGAGAGUGGAGCAAGACAAGUUGAUAAGGGAGAAUUUCGGAUCUGACAUGCCGAGUGUACGGGAAUUGGAGAGGAAGCUGUCGCUGAUCCUCAUCAACUCUCACUACACGAUAAAUGGAAUACAGCCAAGGACACCUGCCGCGGUGGACGUGGGGGGGCUCCACAUCCAGGACGAGGACCAAACGUUGCAGCCUGAAUUAGAGAAGUGGAUGAACGAUAGCAAACACGGCUUUAUAUAUUUCACUUUUGGCUCGAUGGUGAUGAUUGAGACGUUUCCACGCGAGGUCCUGAGGAUCCUUUACGCCUCCUUAGGCAAAAUAGCGCCAGUGCGGGUUUUAAUGAAGAUACCAGCACCGGAAAAUCUGCCACCUGGUUUACCCGAAAAUAUAUACAUGUCACCAUGGAUGCCGCAGAUUAAGAUAUUAAAGCAUCCUAAUAUAAAAGCCUUUAUCACUCAUGGUGGACUCUUGGGCACACAAGAAGCGAUAUCGUGCGGUGUCCCUAUGAUCGGUAUACCGCUUUUCGCCGAUCAAUUUAUGAAUAUCAAUACCUACGUUGCCAAAAAUAUUGCCAUACAAUUGGACAUCUAUACGAUUACUGAAAAAAGCAUGGACGCAGCUUUAAACGCGAUCUUAUGGAAUCCUCUGUACAGAGAAACUGCUCGAAACCUGUCCAGACAAUUUCUCGAUCGGCCAUUGAACUCUCUCGACACCGCUAAUUAUUGGAUCGAGUAUGUCAUUAAGUACGGUGAAGAUUCCCUGAGAUCACCUGCGAUGGAUCUGACCUGGUGGCAAUUAUCCCUUAUUGAUGUAAUCGGGUUUCUCAUGUUUUGCGUUGUAAUCUGUAUCACUAUAGUAGUUUUCAUUGUGCGUUUCAUGUUGAAAGUGAUGAACAGAUAUAAUAGCAAUCUAACGUAUUCAAAAAAGAUAAAUAUGCGAGUGUUACCAGUGAUUUUCCUUUGCUUGUACUAUCUGUCAGUUUGCGAUGGAUAUCGUUUGCUUGCACUGUUUCCUUUUCAAGCCAAGAGUCAUUUCGUUAUGUUCGAGCAUCUGAUGAAAGGCCUGGUCAGAAAGGGCCAUCAAAUCGACGUGGUCACAAGUUUUCCAUUGAAAAAGCCUUAUCCAAAUUACACUGAUAUUGUGACAGUGCCAAUAACUUUGAAGUUGGUAAAUAAUAUGAGCUAUGAAAUGAUGAAUAAUCUUCUCAGUGAAAACCCGACGCACGUUAUUGGAACGAUGGGAGGAAACGAUCUUUGCAAACUCUUAGCAGAUUCGAAAAUAAAAGAGCUGGCGCAACCGAAGAAUCCGCCUUACGACGCAGUGCUAAUGGAGGUUUUUGGCGCGCAAUGUCUCGGAAUCAUCGCCUAUUUAUUGAAAGUUCCUUUGAUCGGGGUGAGCACCACGUCGCUGUACCCAUGGCUACAUCAAAUGGUUGGCCAACCUGAGAACCUGGCCUUUGUGCCAAACAACAUGUUAACUUUCACCGCCCCUAUGAAUUUCUGGCAACGUUUGUAUAAUGUCUUACGCACGCUUUACGACAAGUGGUUAUUCCAUUACACGACGACACGGGAGCAAACCAGGUUGAUAAGGGAGAACUUCGGACCGAACAUGCCGGGCGUACGAGAAUUGGAGCGGAAGGUAUCGCUGAUCCUCAUCAACUCUCACAUCACGCUAAAUGGGAUACACCCGACGACACCUGCCGUGGUGGACGUGGGAGGCCUCCACGUCUAUACUGAAAGUGAAACGUUGCAACCCGAAUUAAAGAAAUGGAUGGACGACAGCAAAGAUGGUUUUAUAUAUUUCACUUUUGGCUCGAUGGUGAUGAUUGAAACGUUUCCACGCGAGUUCCUGAAGAUCCUUUACGCUUCCUUAGGCAAAAUAGCACCUGUGCGGAUUUUAAUGAAAAUACCAGCUCCAGAGAAACUGCCACCCGGUUUGCCGGAAAAUAUUCACGUGUCUCCUUGGAUGCCGCAGCUUAAGAUAUUAAAACAUCCAAAUAUAAGAGCCUUUAUCACUCAUGGCGGACUAAUGGGCACCCAAGAAGCGGUAUCAUGCGGUGUUCCCAUGAUCGGUCUACCACUUUUCGCCGAUCAAUUUACGAAUAUCAACGCAUACGUUGCCAGAAACAUUGCCAUACGACUGGAUGUUAAAACACUUACCGAAAAAAGCAUGGAUGCAGCCUUAAACGCGAUAUUACAAGACCCUCUGUACAGGGAAAGUGCGCGGAAUCUUUCCCAACGAUUCCUCGAUCGGCCACUGGAUGCUAUCGACACAGCUAAUUAUUGGAUCGAAUACGUCAUCCGGUACGGCGAAAAUUCUUUGCGAUCGCCCGCUAUGGAUAUGACCUGGUGGCAAUUAUCUCUCAUCGAUGUGAUCGGGUUUCUUCUACUUUGCGCAACAAUCGUUAUCGCUAUAAUAGUGUUCAUUGUGCAAUUCAUAUUAAAAUUGAGGCACAAAGAUACUAAUACAUUACAUUCAAAAAAGUUUAAAGCAAAUUAAUCAUUAAUUAACGAUAAACAAUGCUGUACAUUUUGCUUUAUGUUUAUAUCUCUGUACACAAAUAUAUCGAAGAAAAUAUAAUUAUAUAACUUUCUUAGUAAAAGUAUUGAGAGACAUAAAUAAAAGAGAUUCGUGUUUUUCUAAAUGUAUGUAUCGCGCUUUGAUAUUUUUCAACAAAUAUUUAUUAAAUGUAAUAUAAUUUUUCGACGGAUUUCUUGGUAGCUUAAUUUUAUUCGUAGAAAAGCAUAUAUCGUUUAUACGCCAUAUUCAUUAUAUACAGACACUUUUAUUUUUUUUUUCACAAAAUGAAGAACAAGACGAGCAUUAUAUGGAUGAUCAAAAUACACAUAUCAUUAAACAAUUACAUUUUAUCUAGUAGAAAAAUUAAAUUUACAUAAACUUUUUUUGGACGUGUCAAUUUAAUAUAUAGGUACAUAUAAAUAUCCAUAUAUAAAAUUCAAGAAGUUUAAGUAAGUAACACAGAAACUACAACCUCGUAGUUUCUCCUGCAUUGUAAUAUGAACAAUUAAUUGUAACUCAAUGCUAAAAUGUAAUGGUAGAAUGUUGACUUUCAGUAUACUCAAACAGAUAAGUAGAUGUACACAAUAAAAAAUACAUUGUUGGUCCAAAGUUUAGUAAAAAAUCAA